AUGUCGAAAACCGCGCGCGGCGCCGACGCGUCCAAGCCAGAUGGCGGUGCGUCUCUCUCCAAAACCCUCUACAACUUGUCUUUACAGCAGUCACAAACCCCACGUUUCCUCGCUGACGAUGCAUCAGACUCUUGCCCCGUAUGCAGGUCGUCGCGCUUCCUCAACUCCAACAUGCAGUUCAAGAUCAACCCGAUAUGCUACCACAAAAUGUGCGAUACCUGCGUGGAUCGGCUCUUUGGCAAGGGCAACAGUAUAUGUCCUGUUGCUGGAUGCGCAAAGACGCUGGCUUAUCGGAACUUUCGGAGGGCGACGUUUGAGGAUCUGAAGGUUGAGCGGGAGGUGGAUCUGAGGAAGAAGGUCAUGAAGAUCAUGAACAAAACAGAAGACGACUUCGAGUCCCUCCGCGACUACAACGAUUACCUCGAGCAAGUCGAAGAAAUCAACUGGAACCUCAUCCUCAACAUCGACGUAGACGCAACCUGGGCGAAACUAAAGAAAUUCGAAGCCCUCCAAAAAGCCGAAACAGAAGCCGCCGCCCGCAACAAGAGCACCGGCAUCAAAGACGACGUAGACCCGGGUUUCGCAAUCCGCGGACUGAAGAAGCGCGUCGCGCCACCCGUCGAAGCACCUUUCGACCCAUUCGGCGGCUACACCAUCGCGCCACAAUACUACGUCCUCCAGGACAGCUACGAGGUGGACUGGUACGCGCGUAUGAAGCGAGAUCCGGCACAUCUGGUGGGAGGACACAGCUUGCAAGACUACUGCAGUCGGACACUACGCGAAGCAUUCGGUGGCCUGGGCGUCUUUGUCGAAGACGAGAUUCCCGCGCGGGAAGCCCCGUCCAUGUCCAUGGACGCGGAUGUUGGUACUGAGCAUGCCGCGACGGCAGCCAUGAGCAGAGAUGUCAUCAUGGACGACGUUUUCUAG